AUGUGGACAUCUCCUGCAGCGGGGCCCUGUCUGCUGGCUGCUGCUGCGCUCCUGUCCAGUCUACUCUACUUUGUGACAGCCACGGAAGAUGAUGUCACACCACGCAUCAGCUUCACCUAUAAUGCAAAGGAGAGGUUAACCAGCAGAUUCUCAGCAGCUGGAGUCUUCAAUUACACCACGCUGCUGCUGAGCCAGGAGGAUGACAUGCUGUACGUGGGGGCCAGAGAGACACUGUUUGCACUCAGUCUCUCCAACAUCAGCACCAGCGGCCUGCAGAAGAACCUGACGUGGGGAACUCCCAUUGGAAAGAGAGAGGAGUGCAGCUUCAAAGGAAAGAGUUUACAGACUGAUUGCUUCAACUAUAUCAAAAUCCUGCUGCGGCUCAACAGCACUCACCUCUACGUGUGCGGCACCUACGCCUUCAGUCCCAUCUGCGCCUACAUCAACACAACAUCGUUCACACUAGAGAGAGAUGAUGUUGGAGAAGUGGUAACUGAAGAUGGACGCAGUCGGUGCCCUUUUAAUCCAGAGUACAAAUCUACGGCUAUAAUAGUUGAUGGAGAACUGUACACUGGCACGGUCAGUAACUUCCAGGGGAACGAGCCGGUCAUUUACAAGAGCUUGGGCCAGACAGCAGCACUAAAGACAGAAAACUCUUUAAAAUGGCUACAAGAUCCGGUCUUUGUGGGCUCCGCGUACAUUGAAGAGAGUCAACCGGUAGGGAACCCCGUCGGAGAUGAUGACAAGAUAUACUUUUUCUUCAGCGAGGCGGGGAAGGAAUUUGACUUCUUCGACAACACCAUUGUGUCGCGGAUUGCUCGCGUGUGUAAAGGGGACAAAGGCGGAGAGCGUGUGCUGCAGAAGAAGUGGACAACCUUUCUAAAGGCUCAGCUCCUCUGUUCCCUCCCCGACGAUGGAUUUCCCUUUAACAUCAUCCAAGACAUGUUUGUCCUAAAGCCCACAGGAGACAGCUGGGAGAGCACUGUUUUUUAUGGCGUCUUCACCUCUCAGUGGUACAAAGGAGCAUCAGGCAGUUCUGCAGUGUGCGCCUUUACGAUGGCUCAAGUGGAAAGAGCGUUUAGUGGCCGCUACCGUGAGGUCAAUAGGGAAACUCAGCAGUGGUACACAUACAAUCAUCCCAUUCCCGAACCUCGACCUGGGGCGUGUGUAACGAAUCAUGCCAGGCAAAUGGGCAUUCAGUCGUCCCUACACAUGCCGGACAAAGUACUUAACUUUGUCAAGGACCAUUUCCUUAUGGACAGUGUGAUCCGCAGUUCCCCUCUCCUGCUCAAACGUAAUGUGCGCUACACACAAAUUGCGGUGCAUAAGAUCCAGGGCAUUGAGAGGGCCUAUGAUGUCCUCUUUAUUGGAACAGAUGACGGGAAGCUCCAUAAAGCUAUAAACGCCAACGAUAAGAUGCACAUCAUUGAAGAGAUGGUGCUGUUUGCUGAGCCUCAGCCUGUGCAACAUAUUGAGCUGGAUCCACAACGGGGUCUAUUGUUUGUUUCGUCCCACUCUGGAUUGGUGGAGGUUGCUGUGGCCAACUGCUCCAACUAUGUGAGCUGUGGAGAGUGUGUUCUGUCCCGAGACCCGUACUGCGCCUGGACAGGGAGGAUGUGUCGAGACGUCAGGAUGGCACCACCAGACAGCCGCUGGCAGCAAGAUGUGGAGGAGGCCGAUACUUCAGUCAUUUGUAACAGGACAUUCCCCAGUGCCAGGUCUGCCAGACCAGCAGCUUCCCGUGGUAGCUGCCAGUUCGUCACAAUCCCAGCCAACACAUUCCGAGUCCUGCCGUGUAAGCUGCGCUCAAACUUGGCACGCAGGAAGUGGCAUUACAGCGACAGUGCUAGCCAGUCCUUGUAUGCAACCCCAGAAGGAAACCUGGUGGUGGUGGCUCAAGUAGACAAGAUGGAGACAUACGAGUGCUGGUCCGAGGAGGAGGGCUUCCGUCAGCUGUUGGCUAAUUACUGCGUGAGAGCCGAGCCGCGCCACGAGAGCACCACGUUGUUCGGACACUCACGAACGCCUCAUGUGGAGCAGGAAGAAACCAUCAUCUUCCCCGGUCAAUCUCGCUCCGAGCAAGAGCACACAAAAACCUACUGGAACGAGCUCAUUGUGGUCUGCGCGCUACUGGCCUUUUCUUUGGUCGUAUUCUCACUGUUUGUCAUCUACAGAAACAGAGAUCACAUGAAGUCUAUGUUAAAGCAAGGAGAGUGUCCUAAUAUGCAACAGAAAAAACCGAGAAUAGUAGGAAAGCCCACGGAGAGCUUGCCUUUGAACGGCAACACUAUUCCUGUAUCUACAUCUGAUCACAAGGGCUACCAGACAUUGAACGACAACUAUAUCUGCAGCACGCCCACACAUGAGUCCUCGCCGGACAACAGCAAGAGCUUCUCGGAGGCGUCUGACAGAAGGCCCCUCAGCGCAAAAGAAAGCCACGUCGAAUACUCCCCAACCUGCCCACGGCCGAGAGUAAGGCUCGGCUCUGAGAUAAAAGACUCCAUUGUAUGA